GUCGAAGUCGACACGUAAAGUUGGAAGAUCAGCUUGUCUGAAUGGCGCCCGAGCGGAGACAAACCGCCUCAGCGCAUCAUGGCGGGCGACUCGAGGCCUCCGCGUAGUCGACUUCUUCCGGUUGGACCCGCUUGACAAAAUCGGAGCGCACGGAAAACGCGCGUCCGCCCGAGAAUCGAUUUCACACACGUCUUUGUCCUCAGACGUACGACCUCGUGACCUCGGGUUUUUCAUUUCCUCACGCACAUCAAGAGGACACUUGGACCAAUCAAACGUGGGAAGAUUGGAUUUCCUCAGUACCGGGAUGUGUUUUUUCUUUGCGUUCAAUUGCCACACGGGCAGCGUCGGCAUCCGCCGCAGACAUGAGAAAAAGUUCCCCAAAGUAUUGGCCACAAGACAACCUCUAUUACAAGAGCCGUAUUUGGUGCUUUGGCGUCGCUUUGAUGCGGCCAGUAAGCGCAAAUGUGCCAAGAGAAUGCCCCCAACUUCAAAGCUUUUGCUUUCCUGCUUUAUUCUUUGUCUUUUGGGCCUUUAUCUCCCCGACGCCACACGGCCUUCGACGUCCAAGGAUUACCUCGGCGCAUCUCCAAUCGAGUCGAGGAAUGCAGAGAGGCGAAGCGUUUGCGAGAAACCCAACCGGAGGAAACAUGAACAUGGAGAAACGUUACUCAGGAAACGCAAAGAAAAGGAGCUUGCAGGGAAACAAUUGUAAAAAGCCGCUGGAGCGCUUCGCAACAACGCCCCGUCAUCGGUUGCCUCCUGGGAUGACCCCAGGCAGAGGUCACCGCCCCCCUCCGGAGAACGGCCUGAUCUUUUGCCAGUACUCCAACUUGGAGCUGGCCGCCCAAAACGCAGCCCUGCGAGAGCAGCUGCGUUUCCAGCACCACCGAUACGAUCACGAAAGGCAGCGGCUCCUGCGAGCUCUGAAGAAACCCGGCGAGUCCGACCCGGAAAACAUCGUCGCGGCCGUCGACAAAGCGUGGCAACGGCGCUGGGCCGCCCGAGAGCAGGAGGCCGCCGCCCAGUUUCAGAGUCAUCGAGAGGGCGUGCGGCGCUACGUGGACGACAUGGCGCUUCAUUUUCACACCCAGCUGGAAAUCCUGCACGUGCACAACGUGGACACGGUCUGCUACUUUCAAGGCGAGAUGGAGUACAUGCAGUGGCACAUGGGACGAGCCAUCUCGGAGAAGGACGAGCUCGUCCAAAACCUGAAAAAGGAAAACUCCGUCCUCGUAGCGGAGAACAAAGCGAUGUCCUCCCAGCUCUGUAAAUUCAACGCAGACACGCCAGAGCCAGAAAACGCUCGAGAGGACGAUCGCUCGCAGGCCGAGCGACAGGGCGAGACGAGCCCCGCCGUUGACGAGCUCCGGGAACAAGUGGAAAAGCUGGGCGACACCUUCGAGAGCCUCGCGGUGCGCAAAGAGGAGCUCCAGGUGCUGGAAGCUGAUGGGUGAGAGAGUUCAGACUGAGCUGGUCUUCCGCUUCCUCUGGCCUGACUCCCAACUUCACCGUGCGUCCUGGUCCUGGUCCUGGUCCUGGCUCUACCGAAGUGAAUGUUUGUUGGCUAGGAAAGAAGUUAGGCUAGCAGUUGGGUUGGGCCGCCAUUUUGUUUUCCCUCUGUUUUAACACGUACAAAAAAUUCAAUAAAAUAAAAUCACACAAAACUUGAGUGAAAUUCGAGCAGAGGGAAUUCUGCCUCUGUACAGAAAAAAAACAUUUACAUUUCACUCUACAAAUCACAAAAGUCUUCUAAAUGAUUUUGAACGUAUUUUGCAGAACAUUGUCUCAACCAUUUGAUAAUUAUUUAAUACCCUUGAUUUAAUGAGCUUUUAAAAUCAUUUUUAGUCGAAUGUUUGCUGUCAUCGGCUAUCUGCAGUCAGGCUGGCUUUGCAAAUGGGAAUGUCUUGUCAGUUGUCCUAACCUGGAUACAUAAAGGUUAAAUAAAUUAAAAUAUUAAUUGA